UCAAUCCCCAUGUCCAUGCGAUCUCUUCAAAACUCCUCGACUCCCAUUGCUCUGGCUGCGCAUCUGAGGGUGAAGUCAGGAGAUGUACCAAAUGCCGUCUGUCAAAAGAACGACUGGAAGCUUCACAAGGAGGAAUGUGGUGCCUUGACUCGAUGGGCUGAUGCAUCUCCUAAUAAUGCCACUCCCGCCGAUAGUAUCAGAGCAAUAGUGGCUAGAGGUACAAGGAAUGCAAUCAAGUUUGUCCCUACAAAUUAUUCAUACCUCGCCUCAUUCGAGAAAGACAGGGAUGGACUAUCGAUGUCGACGCAGGAAUCAUUUGCCUACUUUGCCCAAUCCCUUGUCCGAUACUUGGGAGUCGAAUCUCCUGAGGCAAUGGAGGACAUUGGCAUCGGAAGUAUCAAAGACUUGGUCGACCUUAUGUCAAAGUUUACGACCAACUCGUUCACUCUGACCACAGCAACUCUCAACCCAAUCGGUGUCGCAAUUUCGCCUACUCCGGCUUUAAUCAAUCACUCAUGCCGACCCAAUGCCGUUGUGGUAUUUCCACGAUCUAAAUCAGGAGAACGGCCACUGCUUCAAGUCAUUUCUAUUCGGCCCAUCAAGUCUGGAGAGGAGUCGAUCCCAGGUCAUCCAGAUUUUGCCCUCAAUGCAAAGAGGGGAUUGUCACACUUCCGCUACAAGGUCAAGUACUCCAAUGAUCUCGACGACAAGCUUCGAGCGGCAAACGAGGGUCUCGAGAAGGCUGAAGGUCUGCAAUGGACAGGUGCGCUUCAAGCAGAGCUGAUAUUCGCCUCUAACAUGUUCCUUAUAGACCCUGAACAGGCCCUUCGACUUGCAACAAAUUUGGUCUCUUUUUUGUCACCUUAUCUCCCUCCUGCAUCACACCCCCUUUUAUCCCUCAUGAGACUCCGUCAAUCCAUCUUGAUCUCGGAGAUGGAGUCUGAUGUCAAACUAGUUGACGAGACCAUUCGCGUCAGUGCACAGAUCGUGGCCGCACUCGUCGAACUGCUACCUAUGGGUCAUCCAGUGCGAGGUGUGGCAAUAGCUGAACUAGGCAAGCUCUUACGCGUAGAUGAACCUCCGGUCAAGGCAGAAGGAGAUGAAAAUUUCCCUCCAAGGGGAUAUCAGCGACUGGUGCUUGCUAGGGACACACUCCUCCGUGCAAAGAAUGAGCUAGACAUCGG